CUAUUUAGCAUAUGGAUGGUUGUUUUAUGCACCACUCUGCCUAUAUCAUCUCUCUUUCCUUUCCUCUAUUUUAUGGUAAGGGAUUUCAAAGUUGCCAAAAGAGAGGAAGAUAUUGGAGGCUAUGCUGGUUAUGUGGGAUCUGCUUUCAUGCUUGGCAGAUCUUUGACGUCUGUAGUGUGGGGAAUGAUAUCGGACCGAUAUGGUCGAAAACCCGUGAUAAUCAUAGGGGUUUUGACUGUUGUCAUUUUCAACACAUUAUUUGGCCUUAGCACAAGCUUUUGGAUGGCUGUUACUAUGAGAUUUCUUCUGGGAAGCUUAAAUGGCUUGCUUGGACCAAUGAAGGCUUAUGCUACUGAGAUUUUUAGGGAAGAACACCAAGCUCUUGGACUCUCAACUGUGAGCGCAUCUUGGGGCAUAGGUUUAAUUAUUGGCCCUGCAUUGGGAGGUUAUUUGGCUCAGCCAGUAGAGAAAUAUCCAAAUAUAUUUCCGAAAAACUCCUUCUGGGAUAAGUUUCCAUACUUCUUGCCCUGCUUCAUUAUCUCAGCUUUUGCGCUAGCAGUGAUGUUCGGCUGCAUCUGGAUUCCAGAAACAUUGCACAACCAUAAAGUGGGUGAUGAGUCAACUGAGGAUGAUACCGAAGCUUUAGAAAAUGGAAGCAGUUCUAAGUCUAAUGACACAGAAAAGAAAGUAACUCAAAAGGAGGAGAAUCUCCUCAGGAAUUGGCCUCUCAUGUCAUCAGUCAUAGCUUAUUGUGUAUUCUCACUUCAUGAUAUUGCUUAUCAAGAGGUUUUCUCAUUAUGGGCUGUAAGUCCUAAAAGGCUGGGAGGAUUGACAUUUUCAACUGAUGAUGUUGGUGAUGUUCUUGCAAUAUCUGGUGUUGCACUUAUCAUCUACCAACUUACUCUAUAUCCAUCUGUGGAGAAAAUUUGUGGACCUCUCAGUAUUGCUCGGAUUUCAGCGGCUUUAUCCAUACCACUCUUACAAAGCUUCCCCUGCAUAGCGAUGUUGUCAGGCUUCACACUGUUAUUAGUAUUAAAUGUUGCUUCUAUCGCAAAGAAUCUUCUAUCUGUGACAAUUACAACUGGCUUAUUCCUUCUGCAAAACAGAGCCGUGGAACAACACCAAAGAGGAGCAGCUAAUGGCAUUUCUAUGACGGGAAUGUCAAUAUUUAAAGCAAUAGGUCCUGCUGGAGGAGGAGCAAUAUUAACAUGGUCACAGAAGAGAAUGGGUGCUUCUCUCCUCCCAGGUCCCCAUAUGGUAUUUUUUGCGCUGAAUUUAGUUGAAGCAAUUGGACUGCUUAUGAUGUUCAAACCAUUUCUGGGUGAGAAAAAGAAGAAACCUUCACAACAGUUAUACUGA